AUGGUUUCCGGGGAUUACACCGACAUCUCCCUUGACGACUUCAUCUCUAAGAACAAGAUUGGAAAGGGCGGACGAAGCAACAACUCCCGAGGCGGUGGCCGAGGAGGAGGCCGCGGCGGUGGAGAUCGCGGGGGUCGCCGAGAUGGCGGCGUUAGCAAACGUGGUGGUGGGGACUCUGGCUCGUUCUCUCGUCGGAAUCGAGACCUGCCAGACAAGUGGGACCACGACAUGUACUCGGGUGGUCGAGGCGGUGGAGGAGCUAGAACUAGCUCCGCCAAGCUUUCUAUUAGCAACUUGGACUUUGGUGUUUCCGAUGAAGAUAUGCGGGAACUUUUCACCGAGUUUGGGCCCUUGAAAAAGGCGCAGAUUCUUUACGACAGAUCUGGCCGAUCAACUGGCCAGGCUGAGGUGGAGUUUGUUCGACUCGCGGACGCUAGAACCGCUCAGGAAACCUACAACCAGGUUCCUCUUGAUGGGCGACCUAUGAACAUCACCCUCCAGGGCGGUGGAAACCAGGAAUACCGAAAUCGAGACAGAUCUCGAUCUCCCAGACGCCGAGGCGGCUUUGGCGGUAACAGAGACGGCGGAAACCGCCGUGGUGGCAACAGAGGCGGCGGAGACCGAGGUGGUCGAGGAGGCGGCCGUGGACGAGAGAAGAAAGAGGAAAUCACCCAAGAACAACUCGACGCUGAAAUGGACGCCUACUUGAACGACAGAAAGAAGGAGUAA